AAACCCUGUUUCGGGUCGUAAACUAAACAGUCUGCAAAGGAUUCUCAAAGCACACGCUUCAAAAGUUAAACGCUAGUAGCGACGCGCUCAUGAAAAUUUUGUGUACAAAAAUUCUUUGAAAGUGUAAAAAGUUACAAUAGAGGAAACAUAGUUUACAAAUCAAAAGUAAAACAAAAAAAAAUAAAUAUUUUGAAGAAUUUGCAAUUUUUUGAGCGUAUAAUUCUAUUGAAAAAAGCGCUUUGAAAAAAAAAUUUGUGUAGUAACGCAAAAAAAAUUCUCUUAACAUUUUUCAACUAAAUUUAAAUUGCGAAUACUGAAGUGGUGUGAGUAAAAAGCUUCACUGAAUUCUUAAACAAGCGGAAGUGUAAGCCAACGCCAACGCCAAGCAGCCGAGCAGUUUAAAACAACAACAUUUGUCCCAUUCACGGCUUUCAAUUUCUGCGUCUGAGUCUGAGCCAAAGUGAACCCACGAAGCACAUAGCGCAACUAAGGAAGUGAACUUCUGCUAAUAGUUUCUCGCCAAUUUUUAGUGUAGUAGAUCAGUAGUUUUAUCCAUACUCUUAGCAAUGGAAUCCCCCAGUUCAGCCACCGCUUCAGCUGCUGCUGCAGCUGCCGCAAAGCGCGUACAAAUCGAGAAGGCGCACAAUUUCAUGCGCCAAUAUCGAGAUCCCGAAUCGCGUGAACUGAAGAAAUUGUCAGCCAAUCAAUUUAUGGAUGUGUGGGCACAUUACGAUAAAGAUGGCAAUGGUUAUAUUGAAGGUACAGAGUUGGAUGGUUUCCUACGCGAAUUCGUUUCGAGUGCAAAUGCCACAGAUAUCAGCCCCGAAAAGAAAUAUGAAGUUCUUUCGAAGGCUGUCACCGACACAAUGCUUGAGGAGCUGAAAUCCUGUUUUAUGGAGGCUUACGAUGAUAAUCAGGAUGGAAAAAUCGACAUUAGAGAGCUUGCCCAACUUUUACCAAUGGAGGAGAAUUUCCUUUUACUCUUCCGUUUUGAUAACCCGCUGGAAUCGAGCGUUGAAUUCAUGAAGAUUUGGCGUGAAUACGAUACUGAUAAUUCUGGUUACAUCGAAGCUGAUGAGCUGAAAAACUUUCUACGCGAUUUGCUUAAGGAGGCCAAGAAAAUUAAUGAUGUUUCCGAGGAUAAACUAAUUGAAUACACCGAUACGAUGUUACAAGUCUUCGACGCCAACAAGGAUGGACGUCUGCAGCUCUCCGAAAUGGCCAAAUUGCUUCCGGUCAAAGAGAAUUUCCUCUGCCGUCAAGUUUUCAAGGUAAGUGCUGGGCUAUUUGCAUUUUUAUUUCUUCUUCUCCCUUUAAAUCCAUUCAACCCUAGUAAUUUCAAAUACUAUCGUGAGACACACAAAAGCCAGGGAAAUAUUGUACAUACUUAUACUACCCGUACAUAUAUGUCUAUGUAUUUGUGUAAGAAAAUGGGAUAUAUGUAUAAGCACAUAUAUAUGUAUGUGAAAGAAAGCACAGGUUUACCAUAUAUAAAUGCAUUUAAAAGAUGUACAAACAUUAUAAGAAUAGGAUUAACCAGAAGCGGCUUAGGCAACUUCAACCAUUAAAGUUUUGCAAGAAAUCUGCUGAGAUGAAGUGUGAGCAAAUGCUGCUGCAGUCGUGGCACACAGCUGAUAUUAAUUGUUAAGAAAACGAAAGCUCUAUGCUUAAGAAAGUACUUUAUUACAGAGAUGCAUUUUGUUUGCUACUAUUAUUUUACCGAAAUGAAGCUAAUUUGUUUGGCAAAAGUUUCACCAUAAC